AUGGCCAACCCUAUGCUUAUGCAAGUCCUCUACAUCGACGAGCAAAGCCGCAACCACGAACACAAGGAGGAAAUGAACCGUUGUGGUGAGGAAUUCGACGAGGCUUCACUGUCAAAUCGCAUGAGCUCCGUGGCCGAAGACCACCAUCAGCGCGAUCAGAGGUUAGCCUGGUCCCGAUGCAACAAGGUGGUGGCGUUCCUCGCAGCAGCGGCAGUCGUCUGCGUAUCGGCUGUUAUGGUCGACAUGACGUGGACGGUCCUGUCCCACGGCAACGCGAGACAGCUACUGGAAGGGGCGGGUGGUGCAACGACCACUGAACCUGUUGAAGGCGACGCGUUGCACCAGAACGCUCCCAUGACGAAUCAGAGGUGCGGCUUUUCUUUCUACACCUACUGCACGAAGCUGCGUCACGAGGCCUACUACCGACACUCGACGCAUAGCUGCGUCCUCACCAUCACGGACGACGUGCAAGUAUGCAACCAUUCGCCCAACAAGUUCGCUACUCUGGGAGAAUGCCAGCGCAGCUGCGUCCACACUCGGAUGCCCUCGGUCGCCUGCCUGGAGAAGCCGCUCUUCUCCUGGUGCGGCAGGCACCACGUUAAUGCCAGCUGGUGGGUGUUCGACGGCCGGAACUGUCGGCCGUGGAACUUUCCCGCAGAUGACAGCUUAUCACCUCCUCCUUCACCUGCUCGCAUAGAAUCUGCUCCCUCUAAGCAGCGAGAGCAGCAGCAGCAACCGCAGUGCCAGGCAGGUGUCUCCACCUGCUGUGCAGGCCAGAGAAAGGGGAAAUCAGCCCUUCCCACCAUCAGACCAAUCGGCACAGCACCUGCCAUAUCUGAAAUACCCAUCACCGAAUUCCGCUGCAGCAAUCAAGAGUUCCCGGGAUACUUUGCCGACGUAGAGACGGACUGCCAGGUUUAUCAUAACUGCCUAGCAGAUGGCCGUAACUCGAGCUUCCUCUGCGUCAACGGCACAAUAUUCAACCAGCGAAACUUCGUGUGCGAUUGGUGGUACAAGUUCGACUGCCGCAAGGCUCCCAGCUUUUACCACCUCAACUUACUUCGGAACAAAAAGAACGGCACCAAAGCAGCCUCGACCGAAGGAGCCCUUCCCGCUGCCCCGAAAGUGCUGCUGCCGGCGCCGCCACCGCCUCGGCAGCAGCCCAGUAGCAAGCGCUACCUUGAAAAGGAAGCACGAACAAAACCUUCCUCUUCUUUGACCUCACGUUACAGUAAGCCAUCGUCGAAACCGCCGUCGCCCAAGACUCCUGCGAGGACGCCAGCCAAAGCAUCCCCCAAGACACACGAGUCAUUGAUUCUGCUACCAUUUGCCAACAUCGACAGUAGGCACACGAAACAGACAACAACGACUGCUGCUACGACGCGAGAACGCUCGUCUCGAGGAAGAGCCCAGAUGCGGGUAUUCGCUAAGAUAAAGGACGGCCAGGAACCGGCGCCCCGGACACCAAAGAGCAAGACUCGGACCAAGACCGCAAAGGUGGAGGUUCCUGAGCACGUGAUGUCAUCGUUCAGCGGAGACGCCGACCGCCAUCAGAAUGGAGGAGGCUUCCAGGAGUGGACCAGCAUUGGUGCCGUCUCGGGAAGGCCGUCUGUCACCAGGGUGCAGUUCCACACGUUUUCGGCGAACCCACCGCGCUUCGACCCUCCUCUACCGCAGCCGGCGCCACAGCCGGCACCCGUUGUAGACCCCGCCAGCUGGCUUGACGAUGACUUCAAUCGCGAACCUGAUGCCGGUGUUGAAGAUUUCCGAGGUGAGGUAGAAGAUGGCAGGUCCCAAGAGGAGCAAGCUCCCGAAGGUGGUACUUCUACCACCCCGCAGCCCGAGGUGAAGCGCCAAAAGUCGAAGUCCUCUGCGGACGAUGUGGUACGCUUGGCGAAGGCUUUGCCCUCUACAAGAAGGCAAACUGCAAACGGUGGUUGGCGCGGAAAGAAGGAAGCUUUUCCGGGACUUCAAGACAAGAAGCGGCUUUUCUACAGGUUCCAACCCAGCGAGCCAUUCGGCGGCUACGGCGCUCUGUCCUAUUUCGGCCGAAUGCGCGGACCGAUGAACGAUCUCUCAAGGUUGCCUCGCCUGGUAUCCGUCAAGCUAAACAAGGUGGAGAGGAAAGAGCCGGAGUAUGCCAUCAAGCCACUGCUGUUGUCUGUAAAGUUAGACCAGUCGUCCGAGGUUGAUUACAGAACGGGAAAAGGGGCACCGCCAGGCCUUUGUUUCUGUCCGUGCCAUUAGCGUCCAUUGUGACUGUGAUGCCAACAAAACGCCACCUUGCCCCCAUUGAGAGGGCAUUCACAUCGUGCUGAACGUUCACAUUGACAUAAUGUGUUCUAUAGGCAACCGAGGCUUGAUCGCUGCUGGAAGAAGUCAGGGAAGAUCAAUAACCAGGGAAUGACAGCCGCUCUUGUUGCUACUUCAGGGCGCAAAAUAGAACUGUUCUGCUUCAAGCGCUUGCUUGAAACCAUGAUAUCGUGGACAAUCUCGCGAAUCUCCUUCGGUUUGUUCCUAUGCUUGGUUUAAAUCGUCCUUUUUUUCUAUGCGUGGUUCCCAAAACGUAGCCCAAGCAGUUUUUAUCAGGAGCCUGGUUCAGUGCAAUUGUCAACGAAUGCCGAAAUUCGCUGGACUCUCGCUCGUCUAAGGGCCAACCAGAACGUGCCGGUGCGAAUUACUCCGAGACUUCACGGUAGCUUCACCUUCCCUUGAAUGUUGCCACUUUGACUCUGUAAAAACCUA